CAAAAAAGUCUGCAAAAGAGCUAAAAGCAGAACGUCGCGCAUUACAGGAGCGUCAAAGGGCCGAGAAAGCUGCGCGAGCUGCUGGAAAUGCUGCUGCUCCAUCCAAAAAGCCCGCACAUGGAGCUGUAACUAGUACAACCGUAGGUUCUAGCUCUACUACUUCAACUGCGGCAACUUCUCCUUCUGAAACUGCUGGGCCUAUUAAAGCUAUUGACUCUAAGCAAAAGAAUUCUCAAACUAAAGAUACUAAAGAAACUAACAACAAGCAAGUUGAUAUGUUUUCUCAUUUGGAAAUUCCGAAAGGUACUAACACGAGCAUGGCUACCAAAGAAAUUCAUCCAGCAAUUUUGGUGCUUGGUUUACAAUUUUCAGAAUUCAAAAUUUGUG